CCUACCAGCCAGGGAAGUAGGGUUGGGGGGAUGAAGCAGAGAGCUCUGUGCUGGGAUGGGAGGCUGAGCAGGGGCGUGGGGUGAGGGAGGAGGAAAGCGGGGGAGGAGGAGAAGAGGGAGGAUCUACUAAUUACACAAAACAGCUCUGGGGGCUGCUGAAGUCCAGAAUGAAGCACAGAGCAGCAGAAAGGAGUGCUGCAGUGGGAGCGGAGGAGCCCAGGCAUUGCUAAGUGCAGGCACUGUGAGGGAUUCCCACCCAGGGAGGAUUCUGCAGCUCUGUCUCUUCUGGGGACUGACUGUCCAGCACAGCCACCACAGGGGACUGGUCAGGCUUCACCCAAAGUCCUUCUUCACCUGCCCAGCGAGAGGGGAUGGCUGCUGAAGGGGCAGAAUCCAAGCCCAUGCCUCCUGUCACCCAGUCCAGGAUGGAGAACUUCAGGAAGGUGAAGACAUCAGAGGAAGACAGCCCGCUGCCCUUUACUGGCCUGGCCCCUGAUGUGGUGGAAAUGAAGGUGAAGGAGGGCAGCAAGAUCCGAAACUUGAUGGGGUUUGCCAUGUCCAGGAUGGAGCUGAAGGGCACUCGGCAGAUUGUCUUCAGUGGCUGUGGCCGGGCGGUCACCAAGACCAUUACUUGUGUGGAGAUCAUGAAAAGGAAGCUGGGGGGUCUCCACCAGGUCACCAAGGUGCGCUACAAGACCCUGGUGGAAGUCUGGGAAAACAAGGACCCUCUGCCCAAUGGCCAAGUGGAGACCCUGACUGUCCAUAAGAAUGUGCCCUCCAUCUGCAUCCUGCUCUCCAAGGACCCCCUGGAUCCCAGUGAAAUGGGCUACCAACCCCCAGAGCCCAGGGAAGGGCUCUGGCCAGAAGAGGAGGAGAUAGAGGAUGAGAUAUCCACUUCCUCCCCAAAGGGCAUGAAGAGACCUUUGACAUCUCCACAGGAGGAACUGAAUAACAAGAAGUUGCAGGUACAGGUACCAGAGAGUCAAAAGGGCUCAGGGAUGAUGGACUACAUGCUGGACUAUCCUCACUGACUGCCCCACCUCCCACUCUGAGAAAUAACCUAAGCCAUACAUAGUUUCUAUAGAAAUGAGAUUCUAUAUUGAAGACACUCCAGAUUUUUAGAUGCUUUGUAAUCAAUAAAGGGACAAUGAAGUCAGCAACUA